CCGAAAUGACGACAAAAAUGUCCGAAUGUCGCAGUAAACAGUUAAGCAAACAAAAACGCCCACGAUUUCUUUCCGACGUGUUCUUAAUGUGUUGGACACACUAGUUCCAUAAAACCGACGACUACCUAAAACAGCGAAACGUAUUAUUAGCGGCAACUUUGCACGGAACAAUAAAAGAACGAUCGUCGCUUCAACCGACACGAUCCUGCGCAUCGGAUGUAGCUGCACGCCAACAAGUGAACACAUUUUAUAGCAGUCGUACGCCAACGUUGGCACAAGAUGGAUCAACCGAAAAACAAAGAAUUGUUGGACGAAACACUGACUAGUUCGGUUAGCUCCGAAGAUUCCGAGAGCUGGACGCUGCUCGGAAAGGAAGCCGAAGCUGCCAACAAAGAGUUGCCCGAGGAGGCCAGUGGAGUGCAAGUCAUUGAAUCCGACGAAAGGGACGAUCAACCGACACCCGAAAGGCGUAAUGUCGAUUCUCAGCUGGAUGAAUCUUCCGAUGGUAUCAGUGUAAUAAGCGAGAGCGAUGCGGCCAGUUGUGAGAAACUCCACGAUGUAGACGAUGUCCUCGCUCCGACGGUGCAUUUUCAACAAAAGAUAGAUCUAACAACGCCGCCAGAGUAUGAACCGCUAACGCCACCAUAUACGCCGGACGCGGUCAGGGCACCGCGUGACGAGUUGUACGAUAACACGCUGCAGGUGCAACAGGCAGUCGCUGAUCAGUCGCUUGAAACAAUUCGAUCGGUCGUUCCGGCGACCUCACCGGUUAGCGGUGCCAGCUGGGUAAUAUUCAGCGUACUGGCCACGGGCAUGGCAGCCAUUCUUCUGGGCAAUUCUAUGCGUCUGAACAGUCGAGUGAAUGAAAUCAACUUUGAGCACGAAAAACGGAUCUCCGAGCUGGAGCUCGAAAACAACAUAUUGAAACAGGAGAUGAGCAAGUUGCGCCAUCUGUACACACGCUCGGAGCUGGACGAGCAAGUUCAGCAGGCUGAAUUUGAGUGGAUGACGAAGAGCGCGGAAAGCGACGCAGAACCGGAACCGGAACCCGUACCGGCUGUACCGUCACAACCGGUUCGAAUAGUCCCUCCGCAGGACGCAGGAAUUAAGAGAAAGGUCGUCUGGUCCGGCGAUGAAGAGGAACCGAUGUUGAUAGUGGACAAAGAUUACGUUUUACCGGCGUUUUGCUACAACCAAGAUCGGGCAGUACAGGAUGAUCUGUUUUUCGCGUACAGUGCCAAGUACUGCGACGUGAAGAAGCGAAAGGUUGAGGCGAAGCAGAAAAAGGCAGAGUUCCAAGACAAACGCAACGCCAAAGUGGAAAAUUAUAACAAAUUUAUCCACCCGAAACCUGAACCUAGCGCUCCGGCUGCAGCCGCUUCGGAUCCCACGAAACCAGCCUCUCCAUUUAACAUCGACUACCAAAAAGCCUUCGACGCGAUCAAGGCCGAGGGAAGCGUUAUCGUUGAAGCAUUGGGUAGCAUUUUGGAUCUCUCGCCCGAACCGGAGGAAAUUCUUUCGGCAAAAAUCGCCACGGAAAGCAACACGCCGAAUGGUAAUCUGGAUAAAGAUGGCGUAAUCUUUACACCAGAUGGCCAGCAACACCGGCCAGCGAAAGCAACAACUAACGGAGGGCCCAACACAGACCAAGGGCCAACAAAGCCAGGGGCCAGUGCAGAGGAUAAACAGCACCGUUCGGAAGAAUUCGCCACACAGAAGCAAGGCGGUAACGAUCGUAAAUCGGGAGCUGAAAGUGGUCAACGCGAACACUACACUGAAAGUCGUAGCGACAUCGGGGGCGACUUUUCUGGCGACGCCAAGCGUAAGAACGGAGAGCACCGAACAGACGGGAGAAGGGAGAGUGAAUUUGAAAGAAAACAAAAGCACGGACAUGGCAGAGAUUACGAGGGUGGCGAGGACUAUCGUAAAGGUAAAAAGAAUGGUCACCACAAACCGAGUGAAUUGAAUCGGAAGCAGCAUUCCGACGAGCAUGAUGAUGAUGAUCACCACCGAAAGAAGUUUGAUCAACGCCGUAAAGAUAAUCGACACGAUCAUCGCGAACAUCAUGAUCAUGGUAGUGGCAAGGAUCAUAGGAAGGAUAACGCGAACCGGCACGAUCGUCGUAGAAAGGACUCGGAUGAGGGCUCGUACCUGUACAAGGGUGAAGGGUCGGCACAUGGCAAGUCGCAAUUCCACGACGACAAGAGGCACAAGAAACACGACGAGUGGCAUGAGAAGCGUUACAAGGGUAGGGAAGAGUACCGCCGAAACGGUGGUAAACGGUACGAGGAUGAGCGAGGAUCCGGAGAGCAUUGGCAAGAGCGCAUGAAGGACGGGCGACAGGAAGCCAGGGAAGAACAGCGGAAGAAAAUGAAGGAGCAGAGCAACUGGUAUUUGGAGCGCGGCAAUCAACGGGAAGAAGAACGUAUCGUUCAACAACAACCUUAUGUAUAAAACUAUUCUAUACCCGAGUUUAAUUUGUUACUAAAGAGCUUCACUUGAACUGUUGUACCGAGUGCCAUCUGAGGAACCGAAUGAGCGCUCGGUUCAACAGCUCUACAGGAUGUAAUGUCCAUUAUUCUCUGAAUAAACGCUUCUGAUGUGAUAUAAAAAAGCCACAUCAACGGGUCCGUGCCAUCAUUCAUAAAGCCUUCGAGCA